AUGGCAUUGGAACACACGGCACCGUAUACCCCGCAACAAAACCCCACCGAGAGGGCGAACAGGACCAUCAAGACUAUGAUGGCACAAUACAUAGAGGGCGACCAGCGGACAUGGGAUGAUCUACUACCCGAAUUGAGCUUGGCCAUCAACAGCAGUGCUUCGGAUACCACCGGGUUUAGUCCAGCAUUCCUCGUACUCGGUCGGGAACCACGAUUGCCAGGAGCACUUUACGAUGAAGUGACCCCAGGAAUGGGAGAAGAAGCAGAACCCGCACACGACAAGUCAACGCGACUUCAGGAAAUCUUCAAGGUGGUGCAGGCGAACACUCAACGGGCGUCCCAAGAGCAGAGAAGGACGUACAAUUUGCGAAGACGAGAAUGGCGACCCACACUAGGAACGAUGGUCCUUCUCCGCCAGCAUCACUUGUCCAAAGCAUCUGACGGUUUCGCAGCGAAACUAGCCCCGAAGUACGACGGACCGUACAAGAUCGUCAAAUUCUUAUCUCCCAAUAUAGUUCGGCUGCAAACCCCGCAAGGAAGGCAAGGAAAGACCGCGAGCUUGAUGGACCUGAAGGAGUUUCACGCGGUUGACGACGACGAGCCGGCACAGACGGCACCAAAGACGCUUCAAUGA